AUGUCUUCCCUCGUCUGCAGGUCCCCAUCGGUCAUCUCGACAUCUUUGCUCACCCUCCCCUUGCUCAGACUAGCCGCGUCUGCCCGGUCAGUCCAGCCGUGCGCCCAAAGACAACCACAACCACAACAAGCACGGCAAGCCUCUGGCCCUGUCGCCGUUAGGCGCUUCUCCGCGUCUCUUACCCUUAGCCGCAAGGUUGCGCCAACGGAGGCUGCCCAUAUCAAUGAGGUUCGGAAGACGAUAGCCGAUGAGUUCGCCCUCAUCAAAGAUGCUUACCAGUCACCCAAACACCCGGUAGUCCUAGCACAUGGGCUGCUAGGGUUUGCCGAAUUAAAACUCGCAGGGUCCUACUUGCCAAGCAUUCAUUACUGGAGAGGGAUACAGGAGGCCCUAACGGCCCAAGGGGCUGAGGUUAUCACUGCCUCCGUCCCUCCCAGCGGCUCUAUCGAGAAGCGCGCCGCCAAGCUGGCUCAGGAUAUCGAGGCUCAGGCACAGGGCAAGAGUGUGAAUGUGGUGGCGCACAGCAUGGGAGGACUUGAUGCCCGCUACAUGAUCUCGCAGCUCCGGCCAAAAGGGGUCGACGUCAAGUCUCUUGUCACAAUCGGCACACCUCAUCACGGGAGUGCCUUUGCUGAUUACUUGAUUGACGAACUUGGGCCCGACUACCUGCCUCAGGUUUACAAAGCCUGGGAGCGGGUUACCGGUUGGGAGCCAAGUGCUUUUUCCCAGCUGACGCAGAAGUAUAUGGCGGAGCACUUCAACCCAGCGACCCCUGAUGACCCAAACGUCCAGUACUUUUCGUACGGUGCCAUGGUGAACGGAAAGCCUCCAUUGCUGAGCAUGUUCAGGAUAUCUCACAAGCUGAUUGAGGAACGGGAAGGUCCAAACGAUGGACUUGUCAGCGUAGAAAGCAGUCAGUGGGGUACCUACAAAGGAACGCUCACAGGCGUUAACCACCUGGACCUGAUCAACUGGACCAACAGGAUUCGGUCUAAUCUUCAGAAGCUGAUGGGUCACCCACCUUCGUUCAACGCGGUGGCUUUCUAUCUUGGCAUUGGAGAUAUGCUGGCAAAGGAAGGGUUGUAA